ACUCGAGCCGCGGCGCCGCAGCCCGACGGUCGCUCCGGCGCAGCUCCCGCCAGCCUCUACAGGUACACCAAAAGCACGGCCGCCGGGCUCGACGACGAGCUGCGAGGGCCAUGACGCAGACCGCAGCUUCCUGCUAGGCGCAGAGAAAGCUACAUCGUUACGUGAAUCACCCGGCAAGGACUGAAGCAAAAUUUCUCACAAGCAAGAUGUGUUCCGCCAUUUCAACAACACCUCUUCUGGCUAAGAGGUGCGAGUCGACGCUGCCGAACGAGGCGGACAGCGACGUGACGUUCCUGGUGGGGCCGGACGGGUGCCGCGUGCCGGGCCACCGCAGCGUGCUGGCCGCCGCCAACCCCGUCUUCCGCUGCAUGUUCGAGGGCCCGCUCGCCUGCGGACACUCCGUCACCGUGCCGGACGUCCCGUGGAGGGGCUUCGCCAACCUGCUCAGGUUCCUGUACCAGGAGCCGGUGCAGCUGCCCACGGUGCAGACGGCGCUGGCGACGCUGUACGCGGCGCACAAGUACCAGUGCCACGGGCUGCAGCUGCUCUGCACCCAGCACCUGGCCGCCAGCCUCGACGCCUCCUGCGUGCUCGAAGUCUUCUCCAACGUGCGCGUCUACUGCGACAGCUUCGGCUGCGUCACGAAGGCAGCCCCGGAAGGUGACGAGUGGGCGCCCUCUGCGCCGCCGUCAGACGGCGACGAGCAGACGUCGCUGGCGGCGGAGGCAGGGCAGGCGGCCGGGCUCGAGGCGGUCGUGGCGGGCUACGCGGCGCUGCGCCGGCGCUGCCUGCAGUUCUGCGACGAGCGCGCCGACGACGUUCUGUCGCUGGAGCAGCUGGAGGACCUGUCGCGCGACGAGCUGCUCGAGGUGGUGACACGCGACUCCUUCGCGCCCUCAUCGGAGGCGCUGCUGUUCGCCGCGGUGGUGCGCUGGGCGCGCUGCCGCUGCCUCUGCUCGCAGCGGCCGCUGUGCGCCGACGACCUGCGCGACGAGGCGGGUGACGCGCUGCUGUACGCCGUGCGCUACCCCUUCAUGUCGCUGCAAGACUUCGUCGACGGGCCGAUGCGCAGCGGCCUCAUCUCCGGGGAGGACGCCGUCUUCUUCCUGGACCGCAUCAACCGGCCGGGGGCACCGCCCGCGGGGCCGCCGCCCAAGCACCUGGAGGCCCACCUGGACAAGAUGUCCGCCCCGAGGGUGGGCGGCGGCCGGGGCAGGCGCAAGAGCUCCAGCCCCGUGGGGCGCCACGCGGGCGCCACCGCCACCGGCUGCCUGCAGAGGAAGAAGACUGCCAAGAAGGACAAGAAGCACAAGGGCAAGGACACGGACGCCGACGGCUUCUCCUUCUACUUCCUCAGCUGCCUGUCGUGCAUACUCGACUGAGACGACGCCCUUCUGGAGUGCCUCGCUGGGCGGACUCACUCUUCCUUCGUGCUUCUUCACUGAAGUUCCUGGGACAAGCGACACUGGCAGCCAGAGGGAGUCGAAGCUCCUCUUUGUAAAUGAGGAGCGGCUGCAGAACGACAGACGAGUGCAGUAUAGACUGAACUACUUCGUGUGACGCAGUUUUCCUCGUCGAGAGUUCCGAACAUUGUAAAUUACAACUUGAGAGCUGUAGUGUCGUCUGUGCAGUGUGUCUUUCAAGAGACACUACGUGAUCAAAAGUAUCGAUAUAUACCAAAAAUUGUUGUACUAGUUAGCCCAGUCAAUUAAAAUCGAACCUCUUUGAAUCAAAUCUCUGCGGUUGAUAAAUCUCGUCAUCGGGAACAACUUCUGUCGGAGAUAACGUAUUCGCUGUCACUUCCUGGUCACUUUAGACAUCCUUUAGCAUUCGUCAUCCCUCGGACGACGAGAUUUCACCGCAAGCAGAACCUGCUAACCAGAUGCACUGUGUACUACACAUCCCAGUUUACUGAAAGAGUGAUUUUCAACAAGAAAACCUUAAGAAGACUUUCUCGAAAUGAAUAGAGACAUUUUAGAAGCUAAUGAGGAACUUUAAUUUCGUUUGGCCAACUCCCUUUCAUACAGAGAAAAUGACUGGGGCAUAACCAAUACAAAUGACGUCUACCAUCACUCUUAAGCGUCAACGAAUAUUUUCUCUCUGGCAGAAGUUGUCCCGCUUGCCGUGAUGUAUCACCCUAGACCUCUGAUGCAAAGACUUUUGAAACACCCUGUUUAUCUAUCGCCUCGUGUUGAUCUUAGAUUGUCAAAAAGAGGAGAGAAUUAAACUCAAUUAUAUCACUGUAAUACAGUCUCUGCAAAGAACUUCAGUAGUGAUAGCUGCUGUUGUGGAUCUAUCUAAUUUCCAAUAGUUUCGGAUGGUAUUUCAACAGUUCGCUCUACUGCACCUCAAGAAGUCACUUACGACAGUAAUCGUAAUAAUACCCAGAAAAUUGGUAAAUCCAGUGAGACAACCGUAAAUAAAUCUUCCAUUGAUCUGUGUACACCGUCAUGUAACCUGUGUCUCGAAGAAUCCCGUGAAUGUUCCAUCAGCUCGCAGUAGAGCAGUGGGCAGUGCAAGUGCUUCAGUGAUAUCACUCCCCUACAGUACAGUGUAAUGAGAUGGGAGCUCUGUUACUUUGAUGCACUCAGUCUAACUUCCAAGUUUGUCUCCGUUCGUAGGCAGUAAAUAAAAAGUAAGAUCAAUCUUGCAACACUCUUCUGACACAUCGGCGUACGGAGCAAACAAGCAGAUCCAGCUGUCUCGCCCAUACUUUAGUCCCUUGGUUACACGAAGUUCGUGAUAUAUUUUCUUCAACAUUGUCCAAAUACUUUUGAUCACAUAGUGUACACUUUCCUAAUAAAGCUGCCCCUAGCAGGCGAACUCACACACUCAUGUCACCACACAAAUGAUCUCAUGCACUCGUCAAGAUCGUAUUCUCUGUGUCAUUGUUUCCGGUUGACUUUCUAGUCCACCCGUCGGGUGAAGGCGGCUUCCGUCUGUUAAUCUCGACAGUUUCGUAUUAUUUAGUUCCCAUGCCUUAUACCUUCAUGAAGAUUCCUUGCUUUCAUAAAUCGAUUCGGCAUUUUUAAAAGUAUAUAUUUCAGUUUUAUGAAAUGAUUGUUAUAUGUAGUAUCUACAGCAAUAGGCACUGAUCAUUCACACAAAAUGAAAGAUUGUACCUAAUAAUUUAAUAACUGUGUGGCUAAGAACUACAAUAGCAAAAAAAAUCGCUAUUGAACAGAAGAAAUUCAUUUCUUGGGCUUCUGUCAUACUGUAUGUACUCACAGACUGAAACGACAGAAAGAUAAUUAUCCAAUCAUAUUUUGAAGUUAUGUCCUUCAAAAGAUCUAUACAAAAGAAAUUAUUUUUUUUAUAUUGUCUUGAUUAUUAACGUAUGUAUUCCAAUUAAAUGCCAUAAUGCCGUGGCACGAGUGUUAGUUAUUCGAAAAUGACUAUUUUCACUACUCCCUCGGUGCUUUUCGAGAGCUGAUUUACUCUCAGAUGUAAUUAUAUCUCCUUCUUUUGUAAUGGUUGCUGCAAUCUAAUUGACGCACAUCGUUACAAAAUUCUUUACUCGCCUUUAUUUACUGAGUACAACUUUGCAUCAUAACAAUAAAUUUAUAUUUUAAAUGCCAUUUGGAGCUGUGAUUAAAGUACUUCAGAUAAUGCUUUCGUCUGCAUUAGCCUUUAUAUGUUACCAUUUAAUGCUUACAAUAAAGAAAUGUUACUCUAUUAUAGAACUUGUUUGCACCUGUCAACUGUUUAUUGAUAAAUUCUUGUGACUCUUGCUGAAGAAUUGGUGGUGCUUUGUGUUUUAGGAAUGUCAAUGAUCGUUGCGAAUUUUACGUUUUUAGUCUUAUUGUACUGUGAGCAAAGUAUGUGAAACAGGCCACAUACCUACAGCAAGAGUUCAACAGUAUAGAUUGUUAUAUUAUGAAUGUUGAAUAAUUGAUGAUCACUACAUGAUAUUGGUAAUUUAUAUUUUAGUGAACCAGUAAUCAGAGAAACUAUGCAUAAAUUGUAUUUUUGUGUCGAAUGAUGACCUGACAAAUACUUGCAAUGUCCAAAUUUGAGAACAAAAUUGUAUUUUUCUACAUUAUUCGCAGCCAACUUGUGUCUUCACCUAUUUUAGUCAGGUCAAAUUUGAUGAUUUGUUGAGUAGUUCCUCUCUUUCAAAGAACAUCGUUCAAUGUUUUUAAGAUAUAAACAAAAUAUUGUUGCAACUCCUGCCCAAAUAUAACACUGCCUAAAAUGCUUGCACCAAAUAGGCAAACCAUUGUUUUAUGAUUUUGUAAUUUAUAUGUGGUACCUGUAUAGUCCCAAACUGUUUAAAUCGAUAACACAACAGGAGAAACAAACUUAAAAUAUGUACUACUUUUCUUGUAAAUUUGUGUUUGAUUCUCCUGCAAUUAAUGCUAGUCCACACCCUCUAUGAGGGAAAAUAGAAAAUAUUAGAAUCCUAUGCCAUAUUUAUAGUAGAAUAUAUAAUGCUAAAGAGCAAAAUAUUAUGAAUGUCUUAUUGAUGUAAUAAAUGUUGAACCUGCUAUUUUUAUUUUUUUUAACCCAGAAAAUGAUUAAAAAGUUCUGCAGCACAGACUGUAAAUCUUACUAGAAUCAGUGUUGGUUUUUGUUUAGAUUGAAGCAUAAUUCUUGGUUGCUGCAAUAUUUAUCAGAAUCAGUACUUCAUACAAAAUGAGAUUCAUUGAAUAGUUGAUUAACUCUGUUCGAGUGGGCACUUUCCACAAUGGCUGUAUAAAGAGUAUUUUGCAAACAUAAUUCUCUUUGUGUACUUUAAUGCUGAAAUUUAUUACACCAUACUUUUUGUGCCUAAAAUACGAUAGCCUCGUCAGUGGAUGCUCUGAAAUUUCAUAUCGUUUUUGUUUUAUAUGUGUUACUUAUAGGUUUAAAACAUUUCAUAGCCUGAUUUUUACAUGAAAUUGGAUGGUAUCUGCAAGCAAUCUGUGGCCACAUGAAGUGAAAAAUCUAAAAUCAUCGGGACUGAAGACCUAACUGUAUCACUUCACUUUAUUUACAGGAUAUUUCACUUUAUUUACAAGAUAUGCUUAAACUUGCUGUUAAUACGUCUUCAACCAAAAACUUCCCAAUAUUUCGGAAUACCAACUAAUAAUACCUCUUGUAUUAUAGGCAAUAUGAUUAUGGUAUAAUAGAUUUCAACUUUUAGAGUGCAAAACGUGUUCUGCGUAUAAACUAACUUCUAUGCUGAUUAAUCCGCUAUAUCUCACUACUACAAGUUGUGUGCUGUGACAUAACACGACGUAUGUAAUGAGGCAAUUCUGGAGACAGCCUCUAACAAAAAGCUUAACUAGAUAAUUGCAGUAGGCGGAAAAUGUAUAAAUUAUUCAGUAAAAUAAAACUUUUGCACUUA